CGAUUCACGUUCUGGCCGCCAUUUUGGCUCCAUGUGAGCUGUCUUCUUGACAAGCGGGAUGUUUGUUCUGCGUGAAGGUGACCGUAGUAGUGAAUAAAAUCUGUCAAAAUGGCUUCGUUGCGUGUAGUGAGGAGGAUGUUCUGUGCGGCGGCAGAAACAGCGACUGCUCCGGUCGCAGGCAGCAGAUGGGAAAGACUGAAGAACAGUAAAGCUGGUGUCUGGUGUCGCGGCCUGGUCUCUGACUACAAAGAGGCAUGUCGGGAGAUUGUUGUUGGUGCGUGGGAGCGACCGGUCAAAACCUCUGUAUACGUGACCCUGCUGGGCGGGGCCUGGGCCUGUUUCUACACAAACCCUGACCAGUCGUCCUUUGAAACCGCCCUGCUGGAGCGCUCCAACCAACUGGGCAUGCUGUCACCAUGGAUCCGUAAUGCGACCUCUGACGGCCACGUACAGAGUUUAGUGAAGCUUCGUAACGAGGGCCAGCUCCACCAUGCCAGCCUGGGUCUUCUCUCUCUGGUUUACCGAACCGACUACGACCCAGACACCGCACUGUACGAAGCCCAGUGCUCCAAUCUGUCUUUACCCUGGAGGGAGCUCCCUCAGCGCGUGCUAGAUGUGGGCUUCGUUGGCCAAUGGUGGAUCCUGGGCUCAAAGAUGAAGGACUAUGAUGUGAACGAAGACGAGUUCAAGCACCUGCCAGCGCACAUGCAGGUAACCUCGCCACCCAGUGUUCAGGAAGUGGAAAGGAGUGAGAGGUUGCACAGAGAGUCGUGGUUUGCCGUGACAGUGGAGGAUGAGGACAAAGAAAGAAAUGUAGUGGACAGAAAGGAGGAGAGCAUCAGUGAUGAGAGCCAAACAAAAGCACUGAAAGAAGAACAGACUCAAGCAUAAGUGCAGUGGACCAGCUGGAUACAAAACUGUAUCAGGGGAGUUAUUCUUAUUCGUCAUGCAGUGUGGAUUCAACAAACCACUUUUAGCUUAUGUUCUUCAGCUAGGAAUAAAACAAUUUGCUGCCACCACAAACCGCCAAGGCAAGAGGACACAUUUGCGACUUUUAGUCAAAGCAACCCAAAAGCCUUAGUUGUGUUAUUUAUUCCAAUGUGUUUUUUGUUUUAUAGAAAGCAUUGCAAAUCAUCUAUACCAUGAACCAUGUGUCAGUAAAUCUGUCAGUUAUCUCCAGAUGUCUUACAAUUGUUUUAUCUCACUUGUCUCACACCUCUAAUAAAAAAUAUAGACAGCC